AGUCCUCGGAGACUCAGUCCACACAGUGUUAAACGUUGGCAUCUGGAGAGCGUGGGGCUCCAUGGGGGAGAGACACAGAUGUCAAUCAAGGACAACAUUCAUUUUGAUCAGACUGUGGGCACUCAGAUACGCUUUAGUGCCUGGACACCAAUGGCAAGCAAAUCUUUCAACAAACAGCUCUUUCACGAGAGAGUGAAUCUCAUAGGGCAUUGGUAUGACCUCUGGACGGACAAGCAGCGCAAACAAUUUCUUCAUUCUAUUUUAAGUAGGAGCAGCAGAUCACAACUGACAUUUAUACAGGACUGGUUCGCAGAAGAAUGUCCUGUCACCAAUGUAGACUUUACAACGGUGAUCCCCAGGGUUCUGUCUUUGUACAUUUUUUCCUUCCUGAAUGCUCAUGACCUAUGUGUUGCUGGACAGGUCAGCUGGCACUGGAAGUUCCUCGCUGAGCAGGACUGUCUGUGGAUGCCCAAGUGUACCAAGUUUGGCUGGUUUUUGCCAUACACUCCAGCAGACAAUGAAUAUGGAGCAUGGAAGAGGCACUAUAUAUCCUGUGCCUGUAGCCUGGACUAUCUCACUCCAAGGGAAGCUGCAGAGACAUAUGGCACUUUGAAUGAGCCUAAGGAAGGAGAAGAGGAACUGAAGGACAAAUUACAGGAGACGUGGCUGCGUAAAAUGCUUCGGGAAAGGCUGUCGCUGCAGAAAAAGGAGCUCUUUAAAAGCAGACCCCCUUGGAUGAGUGGAGCUUGGAGAUCAGCUGUAAACUCCAAAUUAAGUUUAACACAAUCUAUGAGUCUAACUGACCGGGCUUCAAUGCAAGCAGCACUGUGGUUGAUUAAGGGGAAAGAUACAGGCCCAGAUAAGACGUUGACAAGUUGGCUCUUGAAUGAAGAUAACCACACACCCAGCUUCACAUUGGCUUUGGAAAAGAAGCUUGUAGAACAAUCAAUAGACUCAUUGCCAAAAAGGCAUAAUGUAGCUGGAUGUACCACGUACCCUUCUACAAACACAAAGCAAUACAACAGUUUCCGGGGUCAGCCAGCACAGUUGUGCACCUCAGGUCCUCUUCACCUCGUGUUGAUAUCAUCCCACAUACUGGCAUAUGAGGUUGUACUCAGUUGUGUGAAACCCGGUGUGGUUCCUAUAGUUUAUGACUUCAAUGGCAUGACUCUUGAAAGUUUAAACUUCUGUGUGGAGAAAGCUUUGGGUGGACGCACAGCACACAGUAUUGGAGUUGUUGCAGAUGGGAAUUCUCAACACCUACAUUUACUACAGGGUGUCCGAAUCGAUACACAGAAUGUUCUAUGUUCACAUAUUAGAGAGUUUUGGGAAAAAUUAAGCAGCUGUGUGGUGUCAGAUAAAGAUGGUGGUCACAUUGACCUGUUUGUCCCUUUUGCAGCUUCAGAUUCAGGAAUGGAAAUACUAGACAACCUGUCUCGGUUAGCUGGCAUUAUGUUUUGUUCACCGACUGGGAUAGCCACUGGGUCUUACCAACAUAUUUUCAGUGAAUGGCUGAUGACAUCUGGAAGACGCAAAUUCCCCCCAUUUUUAUACUUCACAGAAGUGAAACUACAGGCCUGGUGCAGAUUAGCCAGUGUAAUGGAGGAAGCUCUACAUAUGGUCAGGAAGCAGAUGAAGCUUUACCUUAGUGAUCUCCAGAGAAAUGUAUCCGGCAGGAUCAUAGGACAGUUCAUGUUUGACACAAUGUCCAUGGUAAAGGUGCAGACCAAUCAAGACAUUGCUGACGCAUUAACUGAAGCUUUGGUGGAACUUGUUAAGGAGAAGCGUGAUGACCCACUGGAAUUCCUCUCCAUCUUUCUUUUAAAAAAAAUUGGAAAAAACAAAGAGUUCAGAAACCAUCUAUUUCAGGCAAAUACAGAGGACACACUAUCAGCAUUUCUAAAGCAUGAAGAUAAUGAUGGUGAUGCCAUAUCUGAAAAGGCUGCUAUUUCUCCAAGUCGAUCUGAAUCUAGGUUCAGACAACUUUCUAUGCUGGAUAAUAAACUUCUAGUGGAUGUAGGAGACAAACGUUCAAGGUUUGCUCAAGAACUCCUUGAGAGUGAGAGGCAGUAUGUACAAGUCCUGGAGAUCAUUAGAGACAUCUAUGCCGCCCCACUGAAGUCAGCACUGUCAUCAAAUCGUGCAAUCCUGAGCAUUUCUAACAUGCAAAUCAUCUUCUCUGAUAUUGUCAAUAUUUUACAAAUCAACAAGCAGCUCUUAAAUGAGUUGAUAGACAGACUUCAGGAAUGGGGACCCGCACAAUGUUUGGGAGAUGUGUUUAUGAAAUUUGGAUCAAAGCUGAAGAUAUACACCAAUUUUUUCAACAACUACACAGUGAUUCUAAAAACAAUUGACAAGUGCAGAGAAGCUACGCCAACCUUCCGAGCUUUCUUGAAAAGACAUGAUCAAACUGUUGUAACUAAAAUGAUGAGUUUACAGGAAUUGCUGUUAUUCCCGGCUGCUCGAUUUGAAGAGUAUGUGAACCUUUUGUAUGCUCUUCGCCUUCAUACUCCUCCAGAGCAUCCAGAUCGCAAUGAUUUAAGCACAGCUAUUACAGAGAUGAAGCAGUACAAGGAUUUCAUUUUGCGGGUGAAAUCCACCUUAGAAAAGGACACAGAGCUGACACAUCUACAGAAGACCAUCCGAGGCUGUCCCAAUCUAAUAGAAGCUAACAGACAUCUCAUUUGCAAACAAGAUGUGGCUCUGCUCAAAUCUGCUAAUGAAGACAUAAGUGCAUCCCUGAGGAUCUAUGAGCACAUCAGUGACCUGUGUCUUUUUCUCUUCAAUGAUGCACUGGUGAUAUCCAGUUGUCAUAUUUCCUAUACCCCAUUCAAGCAUGUACCAUCAACCUCGUACCAGUUUAUGGCUUCAGUCUCUUUAGGGCGAUUGCUGGUGGAAGACAUUCCAGAUACUAAAUAUGUGAAGAAUGCGUUUGUUCUACAAGGACCCAAACGGAGGUGGAUUUGUUUCACACAAACAGAAGAGGAGAAGGUCACUUGGCUUUCCGCAUGUCAGCGUGCUAUCCAUGCCAGCAUUGAAACAAAAUAACCAUACCCGUAUCUACUACUGGAGUGUUGUUAUAGAUGUCAUU